UGGAGAGAGUGGAGGUGACUGAAACAGAUGUCCCAAGCGUUACUUUCACAUCUGACCAGAGAAAGUCUGAACAACUCCUGCUGCUUCGGGGAGGAUGCUGUAGAGGAGCACACAUCACACUAUAACGUAUUUCUAGAAACUCCAGAGCAGAUCGUGACGAUGACGGCCAUCGAGAGCAAAGAGGAGAUCAGUGACACUGACAGUGGGAUUAUCCUGCACUCUGGUCCAGACAGCCCCACGUCCCCGGUGAAGGACCUGACCACCCACACCAGGGCGCUGAAGUUGAAGCACCAGUCUCUGGAGGAGCGUCUGGAGCUCUGCCUGCUGGAGCUCAGAAAGCUCUGCAUCAGGGAGGCCGAGCUGACUGGUAAACUACCCUCAGACUAUCCUCUGAUGCCUGACGAGAAGCCACCCCGAGUCAGAAGGAGGAUUGGGGCUUCCUUCAAGCUGGAUGAAGGUCUGAUCCAUGUGAACAAACAGGAUCCAGAGUUGCAGGCACUGGAAACUGAGUUGGCUCUUCAGCGGCAGAUUUAUGAGGCGGCCCGCAAACUCUCCCUGGAGGGCCACCUCAGUAAACCACAGAAGAAGAGCCGGCUGCAGCAGUGCAAGAGGGAGGAGAAGAAAGUGAAGGAUCUGCAGGAGGCCGUGGUCCAGCACAGGAUCAAGAGCGAGUGCAACUCACCAUGCGUCAGCAUCUCAAAGAGCCAAAACAAAGAUCUGAACAUGUCUGAUGACAGCUCCCUGUCUGAUGUAGUGGCCUUGGAUGAUGAUGUGGACUCUUCCAGCCCUCUCUCUCCUCCAGUGUUGGGCACCUCCUACUCAGACCCCUUCCACCUGUCAGCCAAGACCCCGCAGUCAUCCCUGCAGUCAUCAAGCCAGCUCAGUGUAGAGUACGAGCGCUCCCCCAUCCAGAACUCUCCGUGGAAAGAGUCCAGUCUGGAUCAGCCUUUUCAGAAGCCCACUAAACCUCAGUCUGCCUGCAGCAGCAGGUCCAGCAGUCCAGCAGGGACCCGAGUGUCUGCAGAGAGCUGCAGGAUUCCUCUGUCUCAGUUUAUCAAAAACGCAGCCCUGCGUCACAACCACUCCACCAGUGCUCCCUCCACCCCUGAGCUGCACGUGCGCCGACAGUACUCCCAGUCCUUCAGACUUCCCAAAAGUAAGCAAGCUGCUGACAAAGAGCGCCUCGGCUCUGAGAACAGUCGAGGGCGAGCCAAGCUGCCCCAGCGGUGCUGCGCGUCUGACUUCAUGGUGCGUUCUCCAGAGUGCUCCCUGCUGCGCCCCUACCAGUCUAGCUCUGAGGACAGCAGCUCGGAGCACUCCUCCUCCUCCUCCUCCAUCAGCUCUCCAGGCAGGGAAGGACCCACUGAGAUCCCAAAGCUCUGCCCGCCACCUUAUGGAUUCCACUUUGGAGCGCAAAAGAAAGCACUCUCCAGCUUCUCCAGCUCGCACAACAACACCAGCCAGUCUCAGUCCAGCCUCGGCUUCAUCAGGGCAGAAGAAGGCCCCCUCUCCCCUCAAGACCUGAACAUGGGGAAGUGCUUUGUGUCCUCCCCACCCGUGGCACGCAGCACUCAGCAAAGACAGUGGCAGGAGGGAGCGCUGUCACCGAGGGGCAUCUUGAAACCUCCUCCACCCUACACCAGGCUGGUGCGAACGCCCUCACUGAAGGAGUACCCAAACCACGCCAUCAGGCUGAUGCCCCGGGAGAUCGUAUCGGAGGAGCUGAAGUCCUGGCAUCAGAGGAACCAGCUGCAGAAGUUACGGCCAAGCUGUGUGGAUCAGCAGAGCGCUCUGAGCCCCACCUCACCUCAUCUGCCUCCAUUUAAACAGGGUUUGGGUAAUGUGGUUCUCCAGAGAGCUGCCGACGGGACUCCAGUACAGUGGUUCAUUGCUGAGGAUGCUGAAAUCGUGAGCCAGGUGUAGCCGAGACUUCUGCUGCUCUGCAGUGUGUUCAGUAGGAUGUGUGUUCUUCCUUUUUAUUUAUCUCUGUAUUUAUUAAGGCUCUCUGUGAGAUUAUAUGUUGACAUGAAGACGUGGACCUAUCGAGCACAUUUCUCUCUCGUCUUUUAAUUUAAACUUAACGUAAGGUGGCAUGCCAGUUUUAUUUAUUUCAAAUAGUUCUCUAUUAGACGUUUCUAAAAUUUCUGAGGUGAAUUAAGCUUCACACAAUUUCAUAAAUGUGUCGAGUGGAUCAUGACGUUUAAAAUAAGCUUGUGGUUUAAAUGAUUUCCUUGUGGCUGGCACACAUUUUGCACACAAACUUCACCUACAGUAGUUCUCAAAUAAGUUUGCCCGUUCCUAAUAUAAUUUUUAAUAUUAUACUAUAUUUAUACAUUCUUGAAAGUUUCCCCCUUGCAACAUAAAGACUUAUUACCAAUGUUUUGAUAAACCUUUGAAAAUGUAUUGCUCUUUUUAAUAUAUAUAGUUGAAAUUUAACUUUAUCUGUCUGAUGUGAAGUACGCUGAAUCUUAACAUUUGCUAUUAACUUUUAACAAUUAAUCACUGAUGCCUUAAACAGUGGUUUGAUGAAUGUUUUCACUGAAGUAUGGU